AUGUACGUUGGCAGUCAUGGUGAGGAGCCUGAAAUUCCUGGCAGGGCUGAGCCCAGUGCAACACAGUCGCAACAGAAAGAAACAUUAGAGCCGAUGAGGGUUCUUCCACCCCUUUUCUCAAAGGUCGACUACCCAUUGGAUUACAACUACAGGGAUAACGCAUGGCGGACAAGACACAAGGGCAAAUACUGGCAUGCCAGGAGAAUCUCAUUCUACUCCACCAAUAUUGUCCCACAAGCCAACAAACUUCCACAAACAGAUGAAGACUUCUUGAAGCAUUGGAACUUUUUCAAGAAGCUCUUUGAACGACGAAAAAUUUGGUCGACAGCCAUGCUGGUGGAUGAGGCCCAUGGCGCUUGUGACAGGGAUACAGUGAUGUCAGUGAUCAGACGCAUGUGCUACAGAUUUCGCCAAGGCCCAUGGCAAGGUUGUUGGAUAGAGCUGGGAUACGACCCAAGAAUAGAUUCGGCCAGUCGGCACUACCAAUCCAUGACAUACAUACUGCCCAAAGACUGGUAUUUGAAAGCCAGGAGAAAGCACCUGGACCGGCGUCAGUCCAAGGACGCUCCUGGUGCCAUGAUGAGCCUGAACAGUUUCUGUCACGUCCCGUAUGCGCGGAAGACGACCUUGCAGCUCUGCGACCUGAAGGACGACCGGAUCCAAUCCAUCCUCAACGAUGACGGGCAGUGCAGCUCAACGUGCAGGGAGUCCACGGGUUGGCUUGCCGACGCCGCGUGGACGUCCAUCAGGGACGCAAUCGACAGUCGCUUUCAGGCGCUCUUGAAUGCAGAGACGUGGGAAGCGCGCACCAGGGCGCCCACCGAUGCGCCCGUUCCUGCCAAGCACACGGCUGGAGAUGGCCAAGGGCAAGGGACGCAGCCGGCGGUGGCCGCCACGCCUCCCUCAGAUAUAUUGGCAUCAGCGAUCGCGGAGCUGGGAGGGGAUGUCGGAGAGGACCUGGAGGGCGGGAGCGAGACGGAGGAAGGGGAGACGGAUACGCAAGGGGGUGAAUCGGAAGAGGAUGUUGAUGAUUGA